AGUUUUGUUUUGUUUUUAUUUAAAAACGUUUCUCCGUCGACAGCAGCAGAUCAAAUAAACGUCACAUUAUACGCAGACAGCUGGAGGCUAAAUCCAACAAUGUUGAGCGGUGACAUAUAGAAAUAUUCAGCCUUGUUCGUGUCAGUGGUGAAGAGAAAAGUUGCUUUACGGUUUCCUCUUUUAAACGCAGGCCUUAAUGCCACCAACAUGUCGUAUGUAGCGUAACCAUACCCCCCACUCGCACAUACACACACAACUCAAUUGGGGCCUUUUCAGUGAACAAAAGCAGUACACAUCCGUUUGUGCGGGCAGAGUGUGUGAGAAUAGGAAGGGUGUGAGAGGCUCUUUUGGUGGCUGUGCACCUGUCCUAUUUCAUGAGGCUUUAAUAAGCAGAUAACAGGAUGGAAAAAAAAUCAUCAUUAGACUGAAAUUAAUUAGAUCCUCCUUUGAGGUCACAGCUUUGCAUCAGCCACCAUUUACUACGCCUUUGAUUGUUGUGUCAUUAACAGGUUGUUAUAUUUCUUCUCUUAAGCACUAACAAUCUUUGCAGGCCAGUCUGAAUAAUUUCCUGUUAUGAAGAUGCCCCCCCCCUCUUUGGAUCUGCCACUCAGUCCAGCCGCUUUUCUCUUCCUGAGUCUGAAUGGAGGCACAGAUUUGUUUUAACCACCCUGUGCACGGUGUCCCAUGUGAUGUUGCUGCCACCCCGUCCCACAUGUUCUCCACACAGGUGGCUGCACGGUGUCGGUGAGUAGCAGCGGUGGUGGUGGUGCCCACGCCUGCGCACUAGCAAGAGAAAGUCCUCCUUUGCUAUCCAUGGUGUGGUGAGUAAUUCAGCCAUAAUCCGCCUUUCUCCUCUUCCCUCUUCUUUCCCCUCUCCUCUCCCUCCUCUCCUGUGGUUCCAUUCAUAUUCUAAUCACAGCUUUCCCUUCUCCAGCUCUCAGGCACUCCAUCAGAGCCCUCCCAGCCUCGGGCUUUGCACUUUUACUUCCCCCCCUUUGUGACCGUUCCCUCUUCUCAGAGGCACACCAAAAAUAAGGUUGCCACAGCGAAAGAGUGAGCAAAAAAAAAAAGAAAAGAAAAAGAGGGUGACAACUCCAGCAGAAAAUUCACACCAGUGUAGUUUUUUUAGCAUGUUUGAAUGUUUCUCUCAAUUCUCUGCUGAAAAAAGUUACCAUAAAGAUGGUUUAAUGUUGGAGGGAGGUGAGGAAAACUGUGGCAACAAGUGUCCGUAGGAUGUGAAAUAAGAGUUAAAAUCAGAAGUAGAGGCAGGAGCGGUGGCUGUGUAGGGAUGUAUGUUUAUGUGGAGCUCUGGGGUGUAUAAAAACGUAUUAAAUGCCAUAAUGGAAGACGGGGAGGCCACAGUGUUAGGACUGCGUAGAUCUAAGCCUCUUUUUUUCGUUGGGAGGGAGCUUUUCUUAUUCAAAACAGCCCCACAAAAGACUUCCAGUGAGCCUUGCCACAUCCCCAUCUGACUUGGGGCCAUUCAUCAGCCUUCCAAGCCUAUCAAUGACAUGUCCCCAUCAGGGCUCCUAUAAAAUCAGCCCCUUUCCCAUGAAACAUCAGCAAACAUUUUGACGGGUCUGGCUUUCCCCCCGCUGGAUUUCUGGAGUCUCUACCCCCCUUUCCUCCCUUAUUCCCACCUCCCCCACUUCUCUCCUCCGCCAACACCACCCCUCUCUGGGCGAACCUCAGAUCCUCAACAUCUCCUGUGACGGGCAGUGGUCACGGAAACACAGAGCGAGACAAGGGGAGAGCCGCUGAGGAGGGGGAAAAGUGCACUAAGCCAUUUUCUUGGAGGAGCCAGUGUCGUUGAUGGGAAGAGGAUGCAUUGCGGGCUGCUGGAGGAGCCUGAUAUGGAUUCCACAGAGAGUUGGAUUGAAAGAUGCCUCAAUGAGAGUGAGAGCAAGCGAUACUCAAGUCACACGUCUCUGGGGAACAUGUCCAACGAUGAACAUGAAGAGAAAGAGAACAACAGAGCCUCUAAACCACAUUCAACACCGGCUACUCUGGAAUGGCUAGAAGAGAACUAUGAGAUAGCCGAAGGUGUGUGUAUUCCCCGAAGUGCCCUCUACAUGCAUUACUUAGACUUCAGUGAAAAGCAUGACACACAGCCUGUGAACGCAGCCAGCUUUGGAAAGAUCAUAAGGCAACAGUUUCCAGCGUUAACUACCAGAAGACUGGGGACAAGAGGGCAGUCUAAGUACCACUACUACGGCAUAGCAGUGAAGGAGACCUCUCAGUAUUAUGACGUGAUGUACUCCAAGAAGGGAGCGGCGUGGGUGAACGAGACGGGAAAGAAAGAGGUCACGAAGCAGACAGUGGCGUAUUCACCGCGCUCCAAACUGGGGACGCUCCUGCCAGAGUUUCCAAAUGUCAAAGACCUAAAUUUGCCUGCCAGCCUGCCAGAAGAGAGGGUGUCAACCUUCAUCAUGAUGUACAGAACGCACUGUCAGAGGAUACUGGACACUGUUAUUCGAGCCAACUUUGAUGAGGUCCAAAGCUUCUUGCUGCACUUCUGGCAGGGCAUGCCGCCCCACAUGCUCCCUGUACUCGGCUCCACCACGGUGGUGAACAUAGUGGGUGUUUGUGACUCCAUCCUCUACAAGGCCAUCUCUGGGGUGCUGAUGCCCACCGUCCUGCAAGCACUGCCUGAUAGUUUGACUCAGGUUAUUCGAAAAUUCGCCAAACAGCUCGAUGAGUGGCUAAAAGUAGCACUUCACGACCUCCCUGAAAACCUGAGGAAUAUUAAAUUUGAAUUGUCCAGGAGAUUUUCUCAGAUCCUAAAGCGACAAACAUCCUUAAACCAUCUAUGUCAGGCGUCGCGGACUGUGAUAAACAGUGCCGACAUCACCUUUCAAAUGCUGGAGGACUGGAGAAAUGUGGACUUGAACAGCAUCACCAAGCAGACACUUUACACCAUGGAGGACUCACAAGAGGAGCACAGGCAGCUUAUUAUCCACUUGUAUCAGGAGUUUGACCGUCUACUGGAGGAGCAGUCUCCAAUCGAGGCGUACAUCGAGUGGCUGGACUCGAUGGUGGACCGCUGUGUUGUCAAGGUGGCAGGGAAGAGGCCCGGGUGCCUGAAGAAGGUGGCCCAACAGUUCCUGCUGAUGUGGUCGUGUUUUGGGACCAGAGUCAUCCGGGAUAUGACCCUCCACAGCGCGCCCAGCUUCGGCUCCUUCCACCUGAUCCACCUCAUGUUUGAUGAUUAUGUGCUUUACCUGCUGGAGUCCCUGCACUGCCAGGAGAGAGCCAACGACCUCAUGAGGGCCAUGAAGGGCGACGGCAACACAGCAGAGAGAGAGGAGGACUUCACACUGACAGAGACCACCCCCACCUCCCCCUCUCCGGGGUCCUUCUCUCCCGCACGGUCGGUCCACUCUGUGGGUGUUUCCUCGGCCAGCUCACCGACAGCAGCCGUGUCCCCUGAGUACACCGGAGUCACCUCCACCACAGUGACAACAGCAGGCGGCUCCACUCCAGAGGCCGGACAGCAGCUGUCUUGUAUGAGAAACAACGCUCCAGUCCCACCACCAUCCUCCACCCACCGGAUGCCAGUCUACACCCACAGAGAGGAGCAUGGGUAUACUGGUAGCUACAACUAUGGCAGCUACACCAACCAGCAUCCUCACUCCAUCCAGAGCCAGUAUCCCAGUCUGGCCCAUGAGCCGGCGAUCCCAGCUCCCCUCCACUACUCUGCUUACCACCGGUCAUCAGCACAGUACCAGCUCAACGGCCAGAUGUCUCGGAUGGAGCCUUGCUUAAUGGGCAGCACUCCUCGGUUGCACCCUGCACCUGUCGCCCCCCGGUGGCCAGACGUGUCGCCAGCUAACAGCUGUUACACCAGCCCACCUAUGCAUUCAUCCCGCUAUGCCACCUCUGGGGACAUGUACUCUCCCCUCGGCCCACGCAGGAACUCUGAGUACGAACACUCGCAGCAUUUCCCCGGCUUUGCCUACAUCAACGGCGAGGCCACCACGGGCUGGGCGAAAUAGCCUGUAAACGCUGAUUUGGACAGCCAUGUAUGAGCUCCAGGCCUGUCACACAGGUGGAUGCAAAGUCUCUGAACACUUCCAAUCAAGUACAUCGAAAAGAAAGAGGAGCAGAGAGUGGAGAGUACCAAUGCAAGGUAAUAGGAAUCAUAGUAUGGAUGUACUGACAAUUUGAAAAGACUCAUCAAUCACUCUGAUGAUUGCGGUGUAAUUUCUGCAGAGGUUUAAUGAAACGUAUUCAACAAUUGAUGUUUUUGCUCACUGCCGGAGGAAAAAAAUGAUCAAUUCAAAUCAUAUAGAUUGUCAAAUCUUGCAGCAAAAUCAUUUCAAGAGUGCAAUGCUGCUGCCAAGCUGUGCCUUUGUUUUAAGGAAUGUACACCUCUGCCAGAGUUCCCCUCACAAGUCAGUGCACAAAUCAUCCUGCCAACCCUCAGUUGGGUUUGUCAGUAACUGACGGAUCCGGGUGCUGGAAGCUGUUACUGACACCAGUACAAUCUCAGUGUCUCCUCUGUUUGCUCAGUACCGUGCAGUGUCUUGGGUUUGCUGUAGGACGUGGAUGAACUGUGCUGCCUUAACGUUCAUACAGUGGCACAAAGACAAAACAUACGACAUCAUGUAAACUCAUGAAAGACCGUGAUCAGUGCGUCUUCAUCUUGGGUAGUUUUUUAAUGACUGAAUGCUGUGACUCAAAAACAACAUGUACGAGUGUAUUCUGUCGCAAUCUUUUGUGUGUGUGUGUGUUUGUAACAUGGUGUAUACUUUAUUUUCUAUGUUACAAUUGGUACUUUCUGUUUUGUAUGGUUAGUAAAAGACGCAUUAACCUAGGGUUGUGUGUUUUAUGAUGCACUCAAAGCUACUGAGGACCUAUUACCCUAUGGGUAUUUAUAAAAAAAAGGGAAAAUAUCAAAGUGUACAGUAACAUGAAGUCUAGUCACUUUUCUGUAAAUAAAAGCACUGGAAACUGUCUGUGGUGACUGUUAAAACUAUCACUGAUAUGUAUGUGGGGAUAAAUAUGUUGCCACAUAAAUAAUUUCAUCAUUUGAAACAGUGAGUCAUGUUUGUCAGAUUUCUUUCUGUGUAAUAGUCGACCAAAUGCUGCAGAAAAGUGUCCAAAUAUUAACAAAAUUGUAAACACAUUAUUGUAUCUAUUUAAAAAUCAGUGUCAGCGCUCUUUCUAUGCUUUCUAUGCGUGACUAUAAGACAUUAAAAACAGUUUUUAAUGUAAUUAUUUAAGGUCAAUAUAUAUAUAUAUGUCGACUUUAUAACUAUUGUGUUGUCUUUCCUCAAAUUUCCAGUUUGAUGCUGGACAAGGAAGAACAUUUUCUGACGUCGUCUUUUCACUUCUCUCCCCAUGCGGUGACAACACGGUGGGGGGUUUAGACGAGUAGCACAAGGGGCCACACCGCAGAAAGAAUUACUUUUCUAUAGAGAGAAAGUCCUGCUGUGCUGGGGUCAAUGCACCUCAGUCCCGUAACCUCUGACCUCUGACCCCUGCCGAGGUUUGUAUUUAUUGGAACAUAGAUCCUCUCUGUGUGUUGUGUCUCCCCGAAAUCCUGCAGGAUUCACAACCCGAGACUUUGAAUGCAGAAAACCUGUUUAAGAAAAAUGGCGACCCACUAUUGUGAUUUAAUCACCUGACCUGAGUGUCAAUAUCAAUAUCCGCUAAAGAUUUCAGACAAAGAUCGGUGAUUCAGGGUGUACACGAGGACGCGGCUGUCGGCUGCCAGACCGGAAGGUUUCAUCACCAAAACAUUGUUUAUACAG